UCUUUGGAGGGGGCGGUUGCCAAUUUUGUUUACACGCCUGCGCAGUUCAAUGUUGUGAUUUUAACUGCAGCAACAUGUCUGCCUCCAUGGUGCGGGCGACCGUCCGGGCGGUCAGCAAAAGAAAGAUCCUGCCUACAAGAGCUGCACUGACUCUGACUCCAUCGGCUGUAAACAAGAUCAGGUUAUUGUUGCAGGACAAGCCGGAAUAUAUCGGUUUGAAGGUCGGCGUGAGGACACGUGGCUGUAAUGGACUGACUUACACACUGGACUACACCAAGGAGAGAGACAAAUCUGAUGAGGAGGUGCUGCAGGAUGGUGUGAGGGUGUUCAUCGCGAAGAAGGCUCAGCUGACCCUUCUUGGAACUGAGAUGGACUUUGUGGAGUCAAAGCUGUCCAGUGAAUUUGUAUUCAACAAUCCCAACAUCAAGGGAACAUGUGGCUGUGGAGAAAGCUUCAACAUGUGAGCAUCUGGGAGCCUCUGUCCCUUCCCUGCACCCCUUACUGCUCCAAACCCUGUCCCACCCACAAAGACUGAGAAACUUGAGGAAGUCGGAGUUUAGAAAAUCUCUUGAGAUGUGGACGUGCCUGUGCUCCUACCACUGCUUUUCCUGCAGACUACUCAGACCAUAUACGCACACUCUUGAAGCCCAAGUAUGUUCACGCUUAGAGGAAGGCUUUUAAUGCGGUCGUAGUCAAAAGCAUCUCAUCAUAUUGAUUUUAGGUUCAGAUACCUCUGAUGAUGAUGUUGUUGUUUUUUUUUAAUUCAGUGACUGGCUGCCAUCUUACACAUAUACGCACAAUAUUUUCAGUCUGAUUACACCACGACUUGGUACAACAUGACGAUGAACACGCUCACUGAAGCUGAGAGUUGAUCAGGGUAAGUUGGUAAAGCUGUGGCUGAAGCAGUUAUCAAUAUAUCCACUAAAGUCCAUAUACAUCAAGGUUGACAUCAGCGGUUUGAUAAACACUGUAACAGUGUGUAUUCAUCCAGUGUCAUGUACCAGUAGUAUGCGAGUGGAAGAGUGUUAAGAAACUGCUUUAUUAGUUUGUAUAAGUAUAUAUUUAUCUCUGUGUGUAAAUAUGAAGAAUGUAAAUCUCCCUUGAAUUACACAAACGCACAAAGAAAAAACAUGCACCAUUCAUGUAUCCCUCACAUUAGAGUACAUGGAGGUUUAUGUUGGAACUUUUUUUUUUUUUUGCUUGAUAAAAGCCGGAACUUUGUAUAGACUGUGUGCUCUUAAGAUUUGUAACCUGUGCAAUAUGUCUGUGUACAUAUGAAAUAAUAAAUGGCUAAAUCCAG